UCUGUGUACCCAAGUGGCCCAGCCCUGGGCGGAGUCUCCUCCGGGCCAGGCGGGGCCGUGCUGUCCCCUGGAGGCACUGAGGGACCGGCUAUGGCGAGUGGGGCCCAGGGAUGCGGCCGUUGGCCCCCGCUCCACCUCGGGCUCCUGCUCCAGCUCGCCGCGCUACUCCGGACGCCGGGGCUCCAGGUCCAGAGCCUCAGGCCGGAGAGCCUCCUGCUAGUGUCCACCCUGGAUGGAAGUCUCCACGCACUGAGCAAGCAGACGGGGGACUUGAAGUGGACGCUGAAGGAUGAUCCCAUCCUCCAAGGGCCAAUGUAUGUCACCGAGACAGCCUUUCUCUCAGACCCAGCCGAUGGCAGCCUAUACGUCUUGGGGACCCAGAAACAGCAGGGAUUGAUGAGGCUGCCGUUUACCAUCCCUGAGCUGGUUCAUGCCUCCCCGUGUCGCAGCUCUGAUGGCGUCUUCUACACGGGCCGGAAGCAGGAUGCCUGGUUUGUGGUGGACCCCGAGUCGGGAGAGACGCAGAUGACGCUGACCACAGAAGGUCCCUCUACCCCCCGCCUCUACAUCGGCCGAACACAGUACACGGUCACCAUGCAUGACCCCAAGUCCCCGGCCCUGCGCUGGAACACCACCUACCGCCGCUACUCGGCACCCCCCAUGGAUGGCUUGCCUGGGAAAUACAUGAGCCACCUGGCAUCCUGUGGGAUGGGCCUGCUGCUAACCGUGGACCCAGGAAGUGGGGCGGUGCUGUGGACACAGGACUUGGGCAUGCCCGUGAUGGGAAUCUACACCUGGUACCAGGACAGCCUGCGUCAGCUGCCCCAUCUCACGCUGGCUCGGGACACCUUGCAUUUCCUUGCUCUCCGCUGGGGCCACAUCCGACUGCCUGCCUCAGGCACCCGGGACACGGCUACCUACUUCUCCGCCUUGGACACCCAGCUUCUGAUGACACUGUAUGUGGGGAAGGAUGAAGCUGGCUUCUAUGUUUCUAAAGCACUGGUUCACACAGGGGUGGCGCUAGUGCCUCGUGGACUGACCCUGGCCCCCAUGGAUGGCCCCACCACAGAUGAAGUGACACUCCAAGUCUCAGGCGAGCGAGAGGGCUCACCUAGCACGGCUGUCAGAUACCCCUCAGGCAGUGUGGCCCUCCCUAGCCAGUGGCUGCUCAUUGGACACCACGAACCACCCCCAGUCCUGCAUACCACCAUGCUGAGGGUACAUCCCACCCCAAGGAGUGGCACUGUUGAGAACAGACUCUCAGAGAGCAUGCAGCCUCCAGCCCUCUUCCCGGAGCUCCUGAGCCUGAGCCGUGAGAAACCUUGGAGCCCGGAGCUGCAUCCUGAAGAGAAAACCCCAGACCUGUAUCCAGGGCUGGGACCCCAAGACCUGUUGGCAGCUAGCCUCACUGCUGUCCUCCUGGGAGGGUGGAUUAUCUUCCUAAUGAGGCAGCAGCAGCAGCUGGUGGAGAAGCAGCAGCAGGCCCUCCCGGCACCUGCAGACCCUCCUCACAUCACACAGCGUGCUCAGCCCCAGCCACCAGGGGCCACCCCACAGGGCCAGAAGGGCCUUCGAAGCCCCUCAGAGCAAGCCCAGGCGGUCGAAGACCCAGAAGCUGAGCAGCUCACCGUGGUGGGCAAGAUUUCCUUCAACCCCAAGGACGUGCUGGGCCGCGGGGCAGGCGGGACGUUCGUUUUCCGGGGCCAGUUGGAGGGCCGGGCCGUGGCUGUCAAGCGGCUGCUCCGUGAAUGCUUCGGCCUGGUCCGGAGGGAGGUCCAGCUGCUGCAGGAGUCGGACAGGCACCCCAAUGUGCUCCGCUACUUUUGUACCGAGCGGGAACCCCAGUUCCACUACAUCGCCCUGGAGCUCUGCCAGGCCUCCUUGCAGGAGUACGUGGAAAACCCUGAGCUGGAGCGCUGGGGCCUGGAGCCCGGGGAGGCGCUGCAGCAGCUGAUGUCCGGCCUGGCCCACCUGCAUUCCCUACACAUCGUGCACAGGGACCUGAAGCCGGCCAACGUCCUCAUCGCGGGGCCUGACGGCCCUGAGGGCCGAGGCAGGGUGGUGCUCUCAGACUUUGGCCUCUGCAAAAAGCUGCCUGUCGGCCGCUGCAGCUUCAGCCUCCGCUCGGGCAUUCCCGGCACGGAAGGCUGGAUGGCACCCGAGCUCCUACAACUGCUGCCCACCGACAGCCCUACAAGCGCAGUGGACAUCUUCUCUGCAGGCUGCGUGUUCUACUUUGUGCUUUCUGGCGGCAGCCACCCGUUUGGAGAGAGUCUUUACCGCCAGGCAAACAUCCUUGCAGGGGCUCCCAGUCUGGCUCACCUGGAGGAAGAGACCCACGACAAGGUGGUUGCCCGGAACCUGGUUGAGACCAUGCUGAACCCCUUGCCGCAGGCCCGCCCCUCUGCUCACCAGGUGCUGGCCCACCCCUUCUUUUGGAGCAGAGCCAAGCAGCUCCAGUUCUUCCAGGACGUCAGUGACUGGCUGGAGAAGGAGCCUGAGCAAGGGCCCCUGGUGAGGGCGCUGGAGGCGGGAGGCCCCGCGGUGGUCCGGUGCAACUGGCAUACGCACAUCUCCAUGCCGCUGCAGAUAGAUCUGAGAAGGUUCCGGACGUACAAGGGGACGUCGGUGCGAGACCUGCUCCGUGCAAUGAGGAACAAGAAGCACCACUACAGGGAGCUCCCGGCUGAGGUGCGGCAGGCGCUAGGCCACGUCCCGGACAGUUUCGUCCAGUACUUCACAACCCGCUUCCCGCGGCUGCUGCUCCACACGUACACGGCCAUGAGGAGCUGUGCCUCUGAAAGUCUCUUCCUGCCCUACUAUCCGCCGGUCUCGAGGCCCAGGGAGCCGUGCCCAGGGGCCGCUGGGAGCUGAGACAAGGAGUUGGGCCCGUGGCCAAGGCUGGCCUCAGCGUCAGAAGAGACGGACAGAGACUUGGCAGCCUGGGGCUUCUGGAGCAAAGAUGUGCCCAGAGCCCAGGCACCCCUCAGGGACUACAAGAAGAAAAAGAAGAUUCACGUGUUUAAUGUAUAUAAAGGCAAGGAAAGGACAGUCCCAGAUUCAAGAGCAAUAUUCUGUACAAUUCACAUGGCGGGGUUGAGAGGGAAGGGAAAGAGGCCAUAGAACCCACACCGGAACAUGUACAAAAAUAACUUACACGGAGACACCCA